CACCCAAUCCUUACAGCGCGGGAUUUCUCGUGAACUUUCUCGACGCCCUGAUUGGCCGAAUCUCGCUCCAUAAAAAUAGCAUCUCUCCGACGCAUCUUUAUUCACACAGAAGGAAUUCGACAAGGAGAUUAUAAUAUUUCUGCAGAAUAGUCCUCAAAGAAUGGCGGAUAAUACCUCCCUAGCUGGCUUUACGGACGCUGGGGUACGGACGGUUACCGAGGCCCCGAGUGUAGCAGAUGACGUCAUGGCGGUAGCGAAGAAAAUGCAUUGGGUGACCAGUACUAUAUUUGGUUGCAUUUUCGUCAUCGUGGGACUCGUCGGAAACACUCUCUCUAUUCUCAUAUGGAGCAAAAAAUCCAUGCGAUCUUCCACAGGGAUAUAUCUCAUUGCGCAAGCGCUGGCGGAUAUGGGUCUCCUGAUUUUCUUCUUCAUCACAGACAGUCUGCCGAUGAUGGCGCCCUCUGUCAAGUCUAGCUACGCGUUCGGAGUGUUUUUCUCGUAUAUUGGGUACCCUAUUUUCUUUCUGUUUGUGGUUUGGAGUAUCUGGAUGACGGUUGGGGUAACAGUAGACCGAUACAUUCAAGUUUGCUGGUUCACGAAAGCAAAGGAGAUGUGUAGCGACAAGAGAGCCGGUAUUGGGAUCGGGAUCAUCGCUCUUCUUUGCUUUGUGAUCAACACGCCCCAUUUUAAGACAUUUUACCCGAUCCCGGAGUCUGACAGAAAUCCGGAAGAUGACGCCUACUCUCACACAGAGUUUGGGGCCAGUGAGGGAAGUAAGCGCUAUGAAUUCUGGGUACACUGCAUGUUUCUGGUCCUGGUUCCAUGGCUUACAAUCUUCAUCCUGAAUAUGCUUAUCAUCUGCCGCGUUGUCAGGGCCAACAGGGGCAUGUCAACCAGAAAGAGCAUAAAAGGACAGGAGAAGGCUAAGAGGGCAGAGAACCAGAUGACUCGCCUCCUUUUGACCGUGACAUUCGUUUUUCUCAUCCUCAUUGCCCUCCAGUGUAUAACACAAUGCUUCUUCAUGAUGCAGCCAGAAACGGCCGAUCUGCGUAUUGUUGAUGAAGCAUUCUCAGUCGCCAAACUUGGAAUCGUAAUCAACUCCUCCAUCAACUUCUUUCUGUACUGUCUCAGUGCGCGGAAAUUCCGAAAGGAGCUGUUCCGAGUGAUUGGAGUCCGUAAGGGUGAGAGAGAGGAGUCCUUCUCCAGCUCCACGGCCUCUACCACCCUGUCAACGUCCAAAUUCAAAAUGUCCUACAAAGCCUGAUCCAGCUCCACGGCCUCUACCACCCUGUCAACGUCCAAAUUCAAAAUGUCCUACAAAGCCUGAUCCAGCUCCACGGCCUCUACCACCCUGUCAACGUCCAAAUUCAAAAUGUCCUACAAAGCCUGAUCCAGCUCCACGGCCUCUACCACCCUGUCAACGUCCAAAUUCAAAAUGUCCUACAAAGCCUGAUCAGUGGAGAAAUGACGUCACAUGUCAGCAGUGCUCAACACGUUCUGAAAGUCAAAUGUGUGAACUUGCAAAAAUCUCUCCAGAAGAAACUUUCGAAAUCAUGAAGAUAUGCCCUCUUCCCUAUUUCCCACACUGCACUGAUAAAAUAAGGGUCCAAGGGAGAGCAUGGGUUGGCAUUAUAAUUGAGAGUUUGCUUUUUAUUAAUAAAAUCCAAUAACAGUAUUGUACAAUGAAAAGUAUUUACUAUUGUAUAUAUUUAUUUUCCCUUGUCUACAUAUGACAACCUAUUGGUUUCUUGUCCAGAAUACUGCAGUGAUUUUUCUUUAACUUCUGUUAUGUGAAGUUUUGUUGUCAUAAAUGCAUCUCGAUAUUUUAUAUAUUCGAUACACCAUUUGUAUUUAUAUAAUGUUAUUAAUGUUUUCCUACUUAUAAUCAUUCUUAGAUCAUGAAAAUGUUGCUGUUUAAAAGGUUGUGUUAAUAAAAUGUUUCAGCUCUUU